CAUUGGGGGUGAGACGCGCGUAAAAUCCGCAGCGGAAAAUCGAUGGCCGGGGCGAGGUGUGUCGGCGACGACGGUCUCGGAAUUUAAACGCUCUCGUUGUACAUUCUCUCCCCGAGAGCGAAAACAAGGUUCGUCGUAUGAUCUCGCGAGAGGAUUCAGAGAGAAAGAGAGAUUACUUUGAUCUUACCUUGACCGCCGCUGCCGCUACCGCGUGCGGGUAAUCGCGACCACGCGCGUUCACCAGGUGAAUAUUGCGACCCUCGUCUCGCGAGUGAUUCACGGUUCUUUAUCAUCAUGAUAUGCGAAUACCUCCCUCAAUCUGGCAAUCGCAUCGAAGAUGUUUGCGGCACGAAUGUCCAACGGAAUCCCCGCGCGACGUAUCGGAUCAGAGUCUGCAAUCCGGAUUAGACGCAAUGACGCGACAUGCUGGAUAGAUCAGCACUCGAAUAGAUCAACGAGUGUGAAUCGCAGUAAGACUGUUUACAUCAGAAACGCGAAAAAAAGGAAAAAAUGCAGAACGGAUUUAAAAUCGACGAUAAUGAUGUCAUUUAUAAAGAUGUUGUUAUCAUAGGAAACGGACCCAGUGGAAUAUGCCUAUCGUACAUGCUCGCGGGCAAUUGGCCUUAUUAUACUGGCGAACCUCAUCCUGGUGACGAUAUGCUGACGGCGCGAUUGCGGUUCUGCAUGGCAAAUACCGGUAGCGAAGACCGCGAUGCGCGUUCGGAUGAUGCGGUCGCCAACAAUCGACAUCAAUGCGGCAAGUCUGGUGUCGGCAGAACACAGGGAGGAAGUCUGGCGCGCAGUACGCGUUGCAAACUCGAAUGUCUGUCAGCCGGCAUCGAGGGCAGGGGCGGUGGUCGACCGUUGGCCCUUCUCAUGGACCAUCUGCAGCAUCCAUGCGUCGACGCUGGCCUUGAUGUGGCCUCGCUCCUUGAUUGGCGGUCCGCCGACGAGUAUCCCGAGCAUAGAAUCGUGGAUCACGUUGUUCUUGGCAAGGGUCAACCCGGUGGCUCCUGGCAAACUAUGGAUCCUAAUGUGCUGACUCUCAGUCUGAGUCGAUGGAUGUCUCUCCCCGAUCUGGAUCUGAGGCAUUGGGAGAAACUUAUCGAGGCGGAACAAUUACAAGAGUCGGUUUUAACCGCGGCGAGAGAUAUGUAUACGCGACCGGAAAAGUUAAGCGUUUGCAAAGCGUCUAGUCGGAUUUCCGUAGGCACUGUAGCUGCUUAUUACAAGGACUACGUGCGCAGAAAAGGCUUGACUCAAUACUUUCGAUGCGGGACUACAGUUACUUCAGUAAGAUCGGAGUCAGACUCACCCGAGAGUGAAGGAGGAUACAAUUGGAUCGUGGAUGGAUACGAAAACAAAAAUGGGAAGCGAUUUCGAUAUCGGUGCAAAAGAGCAGUUCUUGCGACCGGUACGACCGACUUGUCUAAUCACUUAGGUAUUCCGGGGGAAAAUACGUAUCCCGACUGGGUGACGCAUGAUCUCAAUGAUCUUGAAACGCGAUUAGGACGUUUGGUCAAUGAACGUGAUUCGACCGAUGAGCAGAUGCAACCGGUGUUAGUAGUUGGAGCUGGUCUGAGUGCAGCCGAUGCGAUUAUGGCCGCACGUUUUCGAGGGGUAUCCGUGUUGCACGCGUUCCGCAAUUCAUCGAACGAAUGGAGCAAGGAAACCGUCGAGAAGAUAACUACUAGUUACGAUCGAUUGCAAUGGCUGCCGAAUUCUAUAUAUCCGGAAUAUCACAAGGUAUACGAGAUGAUGGCUGAUGGGGGUACAAAUUAUCCUCUGUAUAAAUCACUGCCGGGAUACACGCUCGUCAGACUCGAUGAGAAGGACGAAAACAUGAAUACGAGAAGGACAGUUACCUUUUCCGCUCCAGACGGUCAGCUGCACACGUUCGAAGUAUCUAUUGCGGCUAUACUUAUCGGAUAUAAACCAGAUUUAUCCUACUUGGAACAUAAUGGUGUAGGAUUGGGUAAACUUGCGGACAAACCGAUUGACAGUAAAUCAAAUCCGAUCGAAAUUGAUGAUUUCACGUACGAGGUAAUCAAGGCAACAAAAGGACUUUACGUUCUGGGGCCUCUAGCCGGCAACAACUUUGUUCGCUUUGUUCUGGGCGGUGCACUUGGAAUUCUUGCGCAUAUUUUGUGCACAACAUCUGAGGGAUCUGUUAACCAUUCACGCGAACCGAUCGUGUCUUAGCAAUGUUGUUUUAUAUACAAGUGUAUUGAAACAAUAGGAUUGUAUGACUUUUACUGCUCAAAUCAUAUAAAUAUUGAAAAAUUUACUUAAUGAUUCUUAAUGUUUAAAUGACUUUUUGUAGAUAAAUUGGUUUAUGUAGAUGCUGUUAUGUAGGUGCUAUUAAGUUUAUUUUUGUAUUCUUUUGCAUAUAUU